CCGAUUGGCCAAGCCUCUGAGCCAAUGAGGAACAGACUGGACCUCUUUUCAGCCAAUCGCGGCCCUCUACCUCACCGGCACGUGUAGCGUACGUUGUUCUCCGAGGGUACUUGUCCGGCAGCAGGUUGAGAAUCCGACAAAGUAACCGAAGGAGCAGGUCGGCAGCAGGGUAACAGACGACACCAUCACCUUAUUAUUUCUUCACGACUUACGGUUAUUUGUUUAUUUUUGCUUUCCUCAAUCGUUGCCGUUUUGUUUAGACCAUUUUUGUGAAUCGUUCUGCUUCUACUAGAAGAUGAAUACAUUGGGCAGUGCUUCCAAAUGGCCAUCCUAUGACUCGCUAAGCUCCACUUCAAGCCAUCUCUUCAGUGAGAAUGAGCACACUGAGGAUGAAGCGGACGUCUUCUCAGAGGGAGAAGGGGACAAUGGAAUAAGGAAGAGCCUCGCUGGGGACCACUCAGUCACACUCUCCGGAAAGUAUCUUGAUUUCCCAGUUCGUUCAGAUCGGCUGUCCUCAAGGUCUAAGGUGGACCAGCCGGCACGUUGCCAUGACGAUGCAAAGCGUCCCGACCCAGCCUCUCCCUGUGGAGUUGCCACCUUAGGCUCGUCUCUAGCGACACCUGGUGACCUGGCCUUCGCACAGAAAUGUGCAGAUUUGCGAAGGUUUAUCUGCCCAUUGCUGGAACUUCUACAUGGGUUAAAGACCGGAAGAUUUGACAAAGGUCUAUCCAGUUUCCAGCAGAGUGUUGCCAUAGACCGAUUGCAAAGGAUUCUUGGAAUCCUACAGAGGCCUGAAAUGGGUGAGAAAUACCUCCACAACCUGCUGCAGAUAGAGAUCAUGCUGAAAAUAUGGUUUCCUCGGGUGGUGUUUCAGUCCACACACAUACCAAUCCAUACCACCACUCCCAGUCUCCGACCACAUUGGUGCCAAAAUCAGCUCCACAUGCCAGUUAAGAAGAGAAAGCUCAGCUGGUCAAAUCAAAACGACCACAGCAAGGUCCCAACAAAGCAGAAGCACUAUCAACAUGGAAAACGUGGGUUGCUACUCGACACAGUUUCCACAUGUCUACCAGGAUCACCUAAGAAGCAGAGAGGUCCAGAGGAACCAGCGGAGUUCACGUACAGCGCUGUCGCAUUAAGCAGACAGUCUUUUUUGUGUAGCAAGAGAGGAAAUGAGAUUCCUGUGCCCGGCCCUUUUGAAAGCCCGGCCACACAGGACAGCUCAGUGUCCUCGAGUGACAUCAUGACUACAAUUUACUCAACUUAGUUCUGUCCUUGAGACCACGCUGAGGUGCUGCUGCACAAGGGAAGGCAGAGGGCGUACUUGAUUACAUAAGGAUAAAGUUUGACGCAGAGCCAAUCUACGAUGCCUGCAAGGCAUAUUAAACGGGAGGAGGGGGGUCAUGCACUCUUGUUGCUCCUUAACUCUCCGGUCUUGUGUUUGAUUACACCAGAGUUAUUGUGUUACAAUAGCAGGAACUGUAUUGUCUGUCAAAGUAUCACUUUUGUAUACCCUGACUUUUACAAAGUUUAAACAAUUUAAAAAUACUUUUUUAUGUGUCUGUUUUAAAGCGGCCCAUGCUCCGUUUUGUAUUUUUUCAUAUCCUAGAACACAGCAUGUCAAUAGUAUACAGUUUCAUGACACUUGUGGGAAGAUAAAAAUAAAUGUUCUGCUUUUAUAAAAGUGAGGCAUCAUAGAGGAUUACUGUUGACCGUUUUAUGCUGAAAACAACCAAAGUCAUUUAACAUGGCAUUUAGAGAAAGUUAAAAACCAGCUGAUUGUAACAUGGUGGAGCAAAGACAUGCCGUUGCUGCCAAAAUGUGCCACACAAAACCGUUAUGCAUUAUCAUAUAUACCCAACCUGAUAGAUCAAAUAUGAGCUCCUCGCUAGAUAUUAAUGUCAGUUCAUGAAAUUUGUUAUCAGAAUAUUUUUAUAUCUUUAUUUUAGAACCGGCCUAAUAUAUUUGAUCCCCUGUACAAUGGAAUGGAUUUAACUGCACUUAUGAUGAUGAUUUGUCAACAUUAAAGAGUUGAGAUGUUGCUUAUAAAAGAUCAGUACUUGAAAAAUUCCAUCGAUAAAUCAGUACUUUACAGGUCCUUGAGUUAUUUAAAUUAAAUGUAGCUUAUCUUGUUAUAUUUACCCACAAAAUGGCACAAAUGCAAGACAAUUAUGAAAGGAACAUCCCUGAUCCGCUGUAGUGAUAAACUGUUUAUCACAUCUCCAUAUUAUAUUGUGUCACAUCAAUACUAACUAUUCUCAAGCACAAAGCUGUUUUUGUUAUAAAAUGUGGCCAUUUGCACCUGCACACUUUAAAUCUAUCUAUCAUUCAUGUUGAAUGGUGUUUCAUCGUUGGUGGUUUGUCACCAGUCAACCUUACUUUUUGCUUGACCUAAAGGUAACCGUAAACUUGCCUGAAACUCCCCCAUAAGUCAUUCAGAGAGUAUAAUAUUAUUUUAAUGAUGCUAAAGUCUUCAUUUUAACACAUAUAUCAUCUAAACCAAAUGUCCUACUGUGUAGAAUAGUCGUAUUCAUUGGCCCUGAGUUAUGUAAUUCAACAUGUUACUAGGUGGAAAAGAAAAGCGCUUUUAUUGUUUUGUUAUAUAAAAGGUAGCCUCCCACAGCACAGUUUUGCUGUGCCAUGAUGCACAUUUUUCAUUUGGGCAAUUGGUGGGAGACUGAAUAGAAAAAUGUAUUCCCAAGCUAUAUCUCUUCCUUUGUUUGAGGCUAUAUUUUUGUUUCUUGUAACGCAAUUAUCAUUAUUGUUGGGGAUUCAAUAAACAUGUAUUUUAUC